GCUUGCUGCUGUGUGUGAUAGGAGCAUGUAGAGCAGCAGCUGAAGACUCAAAGCAGUCUGCGGGAGGUCACUUUCCUGAGUAGCACACAACAAACAGAGGAUUUUCGGGAAGAGUUAGCCUCGACGACAUGGAUUACUGGAGUGCCUUGGAGGUGUAUAAGGAGAUGGUCCUGCUGUACCUGCAAGAGGGCCGGCGACAGGUCAACCUGCGCUGCGCCGACCUGGAGCCGUGGCAGAUCAUCGGAGCGGCGGUCAUCACCACGCUGGGAGCAGUCUGGGUCAAAGGCUUCCUCUUCCAGCAAGAAAGUCUCACAUCCCGAAUCAAGAAGCAGGGCUUUCGACUCAUCAGAAAAAUACCCUUUGUUGGCAUAGCAAUCCAGAGCCAGCUGAACAAAGCUUUGGAUGACAUGUCGGCCAGUCUGUGCACGCUGAAGGAAGGGAUGAGCUACACUAAGCAGCUGCCAUCUAAAGGUCUCUCUCAGAGCCAAGUGCUGGACAAAAUCAGAGAGUACGAGACUCUGAAUGAGGUGCAGUGGGAGAAAGGAUGUGUUUCGGGUGCAGUGUACUGGGGCGAUGAAUCCCUGACCAAACUCCUUGUGAAGGUAUAUGGAGAUUUCGCAUGGAGCAAUCCACUUCACCCUGACAUCUUUCCUGGCGUAAGGAAGAUGGAGGCAGAGGUUGUUAGGAUGGCUUGCGCGCUUUUCCAAGGCGGGCCCAGCUCCUGCGGCACAGUUACUUCAGGGGGAACUGAGAGCAUACUGAUGGCCUGCAAGGCGUACAGAGACAUGGCGUACGAACGAGGCGUCAAAUACCCUGAAAUCCUUGCGCCUGUAAGCGUCCACGCAGCCUUUAACAAAGCAGCACAUUACUUCGGGAUGAAGCUGGUUCAUAUUCCCCUUGAUAACAAAACUAUGAAAGUGGAUGUGAAGGCUAUGAAGAGAGCCAUCAACAAGAACACAGCCAUGCUCGUGUGCUCGGCGCCUCAGUUUCCUCACGGAAUCAUGGAUCCCAUCGAGGAAGUGGCCAAGCUGGCUGUGCGCUACAACCUCCCGCUGCAUGUGGAUGCCUGUCUGGGAGGUUUUCUCAUUGUCUUCAUGGCCAAGGCUGGUUAUCCACUCGCCCCGUUCGACUUCAGGGUAAAAGGUGUUACCAGCAUCUCUGCAGACACGCACAAGUACGGCUACGCCCCCAAAGGUUCCUCAGUGAUCCUCUACAGUGAUAAAAAGUACCGUCACUAUCAGUACUUUGUGGCUCCAGACUGGCAGGGGGGAAUCUACGCUUCGCCCUCCGUGGCGGGCUCCAGACCAGGAGGUAUCAUCGCCGCCUGCUGGGCGACCAUGAUGCACAUGGGAGAGAACGGAUACAUAGACGCCACCAGGAAGAUCAUCAGCACAGCACUCAGAAUCAAAACAGAAAUCCAGAAGAUGAAAGGCGUGUUUGUGUUCGGGGAUCCAGAGGUGUCAGUGGUGGCAAUAGGCUCAGAUGUUUUUGAUAUUUUCCGUCUGUCUAAUGCGCUGACGACAAAGGGCUGGAAUCUGAACACACUGCAGUACCCAUCCAGCAUCCACAUUUGCUGCACAGUUCUGCACACCCAGCCGGGGGUCGCCGAUCAGUUUAUCCGUGAUGUCAGAGAGCAGGUCGCCGUCAUCCUGAAGAACCCCAAAGAGAAAACCACAGGAAUGGGAGCGAUCUACGGCAUGGCCCAGUCCAUCCCAGACAGAUCCAUGGUGACGGAGAUCUCCAGAGGCUUCCUCGACUGUCUCUACAGCACCGAGGUUCCCAAGACAAACAACAGCCACAUGAACGGCAACGGCAAAGCCCACUGAAACAGGACUGCCCCCCCCCUCCCUCCCCCGUGGCCCCCGACCCAACUGCACGCAGGGAAAAACGCGUUCGCCUCCUCCCAGAGCUCAACAGUUGCCUUAUCUUGCAUAACUACAGCAUACGGAGAAACAUCUGCAAAGAUCUGUGAAGCACAAGCCAUCGUCAUUUUAAUCAACCCAGAGGGAAACCACUUGUGACACUGCGCCUCAACGGCCCAGAGAAGAAGAGUCUGGUUCCACACAACAAGUUUUAGUCUUUUUGAUUUAGGUUUUCUUUAUGUCGUGUGUGUGUGUGUGUGUGUGUGUGUGUGUGUGUGUGUGUGUGUGUGUUCAUUUCAAUUUUAGCUUUUGUUAAAUCAAUAUAUCUGUCAUCAUCUCUACUGAUUUCACAGCAAAACCAUUCAGUUUUUGUUUUGUUUUUUUACUCCACAACAUUUCAGCUCGCCAUCACCGCUUUAAUAUCUGUGAUGACUCAGCAAAAACCCCAGACCACUGAACGCUUGUUAGAAACGCUGUGCUGCCCUCUAGCAUGAAACCCGUUGUACUGCUCCAGACCGGCUCCACAUGUGGAGCUCUGUGUGUGGUUUAUAGAUAUCAUGUACCAGCUCUCUGGAAAACAGCAUUUUAAUGAAUGGGGGAAAAAAAAAAAAAAAAAAGCACUGCAACGCCCAGACAAGAACAUAUCAGGUUAAUCUGUAAAUCACUUGAAACUGCAGUUCUCUGAUGUCAGAGUUCGUCUGUAAGCAUGAACACGUUUGUCCUCGUUUGUUAGCACUUAGUGUGAUGAUGUUCUUUCUGUUUUAAAUCUGUGGUCCAUCUACAGUGGUUGGAUGUGUAGACAGAGGGAGAAGGAUUUGGACAGUGGGAGCUUUGAAUGUCAUUAAUAUUCAAUCAAUAAAAUGUCUUUAAAUUGGAAUAAGGGGUAAAUUGUAACCAGGGUAGGAAUAUUUUGAAGUGGCUAAAGAUUAUGAGCCUUUUUGAUUGUUCCUCAGAACUGGCGAGGCUUCCUCACGGUAAAUUGGCCUGUAAAGAAAAUUAUUGACGGACUGGACUGAAGGCUGUUUCCACCCCUGGUCUACUGUAUAUUAUCAAGUAGCAGAAGCUCAGUAUUCAGUAUUUCCUCACCUGUGUACUACCUUAUUUUAAUCAUUUAACUCCUAAUUCAAUCUACCUCAGCUUCUACUCUAAUGUCAUUUAUUCAUCCACUGAAACACAUUCAAACAUUUUCCAUUUCUAAUAUAAACUUCACGAUGUUAGGGCAUUUGACAAACUGUAAUAAAGUGUUCUUAGAGAUACUGAGAGGAAACAGAUCCACUGUGAUGGAGGUCUCCAGCUUCUCUGAAUGUGGAACUACUUUUCCAAUCGGCAGGAUACGUUAGCAUUUACUAACAGGCUGAUAACCGCAACACCAAAAGGACCUUGUGUUCUCUUUAUUUCACGGGCUUUCCUAAUAUUGUGUAUUUCCAUGAAAUUAUUUCCACAUUUGUGCAAUAUGUAACUUCUCCUUUUUAUGAAUGAGACCGAAGGGGGAAAUGCUCCGCUAUUAAUGUUUAAGAUGCGUUAUCAGAGGCGUAGUGUUGAUUGACAGCUCAUCAGCCUUGUUGGUGUAAUUUAACCAUUUGUGUGACCACUGGGUGUUUUAUUAAUCACUUAAUUUGUGACUCUUUUUUUUUUUUUGUGAGUGUUUGUUUUAAAGAGAUCAGACAUGAAUGUAUUUAGGUUCUUACAUGUGCGGGGAUUUUUCCGUCUUUUUGUCAGUGCCUGGUUAAAAGACUGAUGCCAGACAGAGGACGUAACACCCCACCCCACUAGCGAUUGAAGCUCACCCCAUCAUCUGUUACCAUCCUUUAAUACUGCGGCCAGUGACAGGAUGUGGAAACUCAUGCCUGUCCAAAAACAAAAAAAAGGACUUUUCUAACAAUGUUUGCUUUGGAGAAAUAUCCUCAAAAAGUGUGAUGAUGGAACGGCCAAGAAAUCUCUUGAAUAAAAAUUUUUAAUGCAAAUUCCUGAUUCUGUAAAAGUCCACACAGAUAAUGUAUCAUCUGUCCUGUGUGUAUUCUUGUACUUUGGCCAUAUGAUGGAGCAAUAAUGAGCGUUCGCCUCUGUGCCUCCAGAGGUUUGAACUCAUGACAUCUCUGCAGUUUUUCUCUCUUUUCAUCCUCAGGGAUUUGGCUUCAAAACGACAUCAGUUAAAGUCCACUGCUCUUUCAGACGUUCACAGGGAGGACAAAACGACACUUUAAAUCAGCGGUUCCCAACUUUUUCCAGCGCAUGGCCCACUUGAAAAUGUCAAACGUUGGCAGCCGUUACAUUAAAUUACAGAGGCCAGAUAAUGUCUUCUCAGAGCACUUUUUAUUUAAAUGAUAACGAUGGAGCUUUUACCCUGGAUGUUAUUUUUCAGCGUGCAGUCAGACUGAGAUAGGAAACAAGUAUAUGAUGUUCAGUGGCGACAACAUAAAAGUUCCUAUUGUUGGCUUAUCACAGUGAUAGUCCUUAAUAUGAGAAGAGUUUUAAACAUGUUUCAUAUUAUAUAUUUGUAUUUCUAAUUAUAUAUUCUAAUUUUUCACCAAAAUUGUUGUUUUUCAAAUGAUUCAAAUGAUUCAUCGGCCCUCUUGCAAUACCUUCGUUUCCCACUAGUGGGCCCCAGCCCAGAGGUUUGGAACCACUGCUGUAAAGUAUAUUACAAUCCAAUUCAGCAGCCCAUAACAAGUAUAACCUGAUGUCAGGCUUGUAGUGUUGAACUUUGUAGAUUUUGCUUCUGAAUGUACGAGGUUUAAAUCUGUUCACGUCAGCCUGCGUCCUUGUUUAGCUGAUCUAUUUUAGGUGAGGACGCACCUGCUGGUUCCUCUUAGCAAGUGAUCCAUAGCUAACACUCAGAGUGGUCUAACAGUUAACGUGGCAGAUGUCUACAGUGUUGUGUGUUGUGUGUUUUCAAUAAAAUACAUUCAGUCUGAGAAGAA